GUGAAACGAGCGCACCCCCUUUACUGCUCUCGUAACGUCUGUAAAGGACGUAGUAAAGGUGGCUUCCUUUACUGCUUCACGUCGAAGCGGCUUUAAUAAGAGGGCGACAAUAGACUGUUUUGCGAGAGAAACAUAGCUUGUCAGCCGAGAUGUUUUACAGAAGCAAGAGCAUAAAAGGUUUGCUGAGUAUUGUCCCUGGGAAACACCGGCUGGGAGCCUACAGGUUCCUACCUAUCUUCUUCUGCAUAGGAGGAGUCAUGGAGUGGAUCAUGAUCAACGUGAGGAUAGGACACGAAACUUUCUAUGACGUUUACAGAAGGAAGAAAUCGGAGCGGCAGUACCAGCAGAAGAUAGCAGAUGGUCUGUUUGCUCAACCUGGAGCCAAGUGAAUGAUGGUCAGACUUCAGAAGAGUCACCUGAGGACCCACUGUUGGACUCAAACCCCCUCGCUGGUUUUUAAAAGUUGAAUCGAGAUUAUAGAGACGCCCAGGGACAAGAAGACAGUGGAGAGACCCCUUCUUGCUUGCAGGUUUUACAGGUUUAUUCUGUAAAUAGUGUCAAAGAAGCAGAGAUACUCAGUGGAACCAUACUGUACGUGAGAGGAAGAUGAAAAAUGUUUAACACAAGGGGGGAAAAAAACAUUAGUGGCUAUAUUUUUCAGGAUUUUGUGCUGAUCUUUUCAGUACAGGAAGUGAGACACUGUAUGGUUUGUUUACUGACUGUAUAAACAUGCAUCUCAGAUCGAA